AUGGCUCAUUGUCGGUACUAUUUUGGUGAUUGUGAUACACUCUGCACUCGGAUUGCUGGCAUUCCUUUUAUUCCUCUUGGUAUCACCAUCAUCACCGAUCAUCGGUGCACAAUCGACAAGCAAUAUCCUGCUGCUCAAGAAGAAACCGGCCGGUGCAAUGAAAUCCAGUGGUCAGGAGCAACGCGACCUCCAGCUCUACCAACAGAGUCUCUUUAUGAUAGAAUUACAGUCAACAGAGAUGGAUUAGAAACAGAACAGAUUAUGGACAAUAAUACACGACAUGAUCACUCGAUUAAUAAGAUUUCAAAAAUCCAAUAUAGUUAUAGAAAUAAUCAGAAUAAUAAUCAAACUAGUUAUAAUAAUAAUUUAGGUGUAAAAAUGAUUGCGAAUCACUAUUGUACCAUGCAAACACAAUCAAAGAUAAUGUCAACAAUCAAUCAGUUUGUUGAAAAAGUUAAAAAGAAGUCAUAUUUCAUUGAGGAACAUUUACACAACGACAGAUACACACCACCCUCCAAUAUUCAGCUGUUGGAUCCAUUGAAUAACCUCAGCACUAGAUCGUCUGGUGACAUCUAUAAGUUGGUCGAUCAAGACCUGAAUCAAAUGACAAAGAAUAUUAUCGAUACCGUCACGAAUGGAAUCAGUGGAAGUGGCGAGCACGCUGGUGGACCAUCGAAACUGACUCACCCGGUGUUGAAAUCGAUCGCUGCAUACUAUUUCGAUUUGAAGGGCAAGCGUAUUCGUCCAACGAUUCUGCUGCUACUGGCACGUGCACUCUCCAUUGCCAACUCGGCGAAUCCAGCGAAUCAAAGUGCAAUCCAACCGUCGUCGGUUCAGAUGCGUCUCGCUGAAAUUGUAGAGAUGAUUCACACAGCCAGUUUGGUGCACGACGACGUCAUCGACGAUGCCGACACCCGUCGUGACGUGCCAUCCAUCAAUCACACCUAUUCCAACAAGCUAGCCAUCCUUUGCGGUGACUUUUUGCUCUCACGUGCAUCGGUACUGCUUUCAACCCUCAAGAAUCAUGAAGUAACAGAGUUGAUGUCAACAGUUAUCUCUGAUCUCGUAGAAGGUGAAUUCAUGCAAAUCAAAGCCAGUGGGUCAUCAUUUGAUAUUUACAUUAGAAAAACCUAUUUAAAGACCGCCUCACUUAUCGCCAACAGCUGUAGAUCAACUGCAAUUCUUUCAGGUUCCGAUCGUCAGGUUAUUGAUAUUGCUACUGAUUUUGGAAAGAAUUUAGGUUUAGCUUUUCAAAUUGUAGAUGAUUUAUUGGAUUUCACUUCUUCAACAGAGUCACUGGGUAAACCAGCAUCGGUAGAUCUAUCACUUGGAUUGGCUACUGCACCAGUUUUAUUCGCUGCACAAGAGUUUCCAGAAUUGGAAACACUCAUUGAAAGAAAAUUCUCCAUGCCAGGAGAUGUCGACGAAGCAAGAAGACUCGUUUUCCAAAGUAACGGUAUCGAGAAAACACGUUCACUUGCAAUCGAUUAUUGUAACAAAGCUAUUCAAUCAUUAAUGUUAUUACCACCCUCCGAACCAAGAGAUUUACUAAUUACACUGACUCAUACUGUUGUCACCAGAAAGAGAUAA